GGAGCACGUGACAAUUUCCGGAGUUCAAUUUAUUUAUUAAUUUUUCUGUAUUUAUUUAUUUAUCUGCGUUUGUUUGCUGCUCUAUCUCUUGGACCCGAACCAAUAUGAGAUUGCUGGUCGACUCCUCCUCAUCCCUCCUUUUCUCGCUGCUAUUGGCUCAGCUGCCAGUGUUUACGUCUGCCUCUCCAGUCCCUCAGCGGCGGCUCCACGACCUGGAUAGAUUGUCUAAUCAGACAAAAAAUCUACUGAAGCUCACCCAAGAUCUGCUGAGAGAGCACGCGUUUGACUCAGACAUAGAGCCCCACAGGUUCGGGUCUCUGCCAGCAAUGGGCAACAGAGCAGCCAAUGACCUCAACAACCUUGAGCUGAAACCCACACUCUCACAGCUGCAUGCUGACCUGAAGCUGUUCGAGCACCACUUUGAGUGGCUGAACAAGGUGUCGAAAAAGCACCACCACCCCGCACUGCCCAAACUGGGAGAGAUGAUCAGAGAAAUGAAAUCGCUCAUCUCCCUUCUACACCGUCAGAUGCAGAGAGUUGAAGCACCAAGGUUGACUCCAGCGCCCCCCUCACUCCCACCUCACCUCCCCUAUCAGUUUGAUGUCCUUCAGUCCUCCCAUGAGCUUCUGCAGCAAUUCAAACUCUUCUGUGACUGGGCGUAUCGAGCAUUCAUUUGCCUCAAGCCCAAAAUUUCUGCAGUACAACGAUGAUCCAUAACCUGCAGUAUAUACUGGCUGCAGCGCCAGUAAGGAUGCAUGGAGUCCCACCUCAGCCAAGGGGGAAUCAGGACCACAAAAGUGUGCACUGUAGUCAAUAGCAUCUCUAAGAAGCCCAAACUUCAACCAAGGAUAUGUGUGUUGAGGAAUGUGUUUCCAUCAGAGCCAAUGAGGAUGCGCUAUACUGCAGCCAUUUACGGUCGUCAAGAUUCACCUUGCGGCAAAUUGCCAAUUUAACUAUGAUGAACAUGUCAUGAUCCCCAAACCUAUCUCUCAAAGGCCUUGUUCAUGAUCAUGUUAUUUAUGUAUUUAUUUAUUUAUUGACUAUUAAUAAUUUAUUUAAUGUUAUUUAUUUAAGUUUGUAAUGUGUCACUCUCUCCUUUAUUUCUUUCUCAAAGUGAAUUUAGUUUUCUGUAUCUUUGUACUCUUUCUUCUCUUUUCUGCAACUGAUUCUCAAGAAAACAAAUGAAAAAAAAGUACACACAGUAGCACUUCCUGAUUCUGUAGCUGUUGUGCUGAUUUAGUUUUAAACUAACUUAAUUCAAUCUAGUUUUUAUGUUUUUCUUCAGCCAAUAAUUCUUCCAGUAGAUGUAGCAUACAUUUGGGUCAGCCAAGGUUUUCUAUCUCUCUCUCUUUUACAAUGCUCUUUCAGAAUAAAUUUCAAUAGAUUUUGGUAAUGGGAUCUUCCAAUUAUGUCAAAUGUGCCACCUAGUAACAUUUCAAACAACGUCCUAUGAAAUAAAUUGCAUUUAUCCGUACAUGUCAGGAUGGUUUCCAAACACAAGAGCAUGAAUAGUUUCUUUUGUGCCACAGGCUGAGUUUGUACAGUGCCUGUUUCUCCUGUUCUGCAUGAGGAGGCAUAUCUAAUGUUGUGGUAAAAUUUUAUGAAUGUGCCCUGUUGCUGAGCACUGAUGGACCUGAUUAGAUUCUUUGCACAAACUUGUUAGGAUUAGCCAUUUGGGAUGAAUGAGAUGGCUGAUGCUGAACCUGUGCCUUGGGGUAGAAAAUGAUUUUUUUUUUUCUUGACUUAAACACCCCAAGCCUUAAAAUACUAUGUAUUGUGAUACUAUAGUUCUGUACAGGUGUACAUAAAUGUACAAGAAUGUAAAUUGUUGUAUACAAUGCGAUUGUGUAUUAUGUGGUUUUCUACGAUAUAAAGUAGAAUACCUUACCAAUUCUAUCACUAUAAUUUUUGGUCAUUUUAAUAUUAUUCUAUUCUAGUAUUGUUACAGUAUUGACUAUUUAUUUAAGUUACUUUGGUGGAACUAUUUAUUUUGUGCUGCAGAGGAGCAAGUCUCCUAUCUUUUUGUACUUUUAUACUGUUAUUCUUAUUUACUAUUCUAUCAUUAUGUUUAAAUUAUUGUUGUACCAUCAAGAUGCCUCUUCCACACACUGAUUGGCCUCAAUGUGAAAUAUGUGCCUUGGUGAAAUUAAGUAAUAAAGAAUGUGCACAACA